AAUCACCACAUCAACCGGUCAUGUUUCGAUGGACAGUAUUCUUUUUCAUCCAGCUGGUAUCAAUUCGCGCUACUGAAAAAUACCGUAUAUGGGAAACAAUCAAAAGACUUCCUCCAGGCGCGGUAGAAGACGGUGAAAAUUAUCAAGCAGUCUAUCUGUUUACAUAUCCGCUAAUUUUUGGCUGUGAUGAUCCUAGACGGGUUAAUGUGUCAAUCGAGUACUUGCAGGAACCACCGCAAGGGGAUAGCGAUCUAUGUCGAACUAAACCAUUAGAUGAUAUGAUACAUGAAGAAUUGAGAUGCAGAAGAAGACAGGAGUUUUUGCAUGAAGAAGACUGGAUUGAGCAGACAUUAGAGGAUUUUAUAAACGAAACUACUACUAACGACCAUGACCGGAAGGCGGCCACAUGUGUGAAAAUUCUGGUGGGAACUAAGCUGCUGAAGCCUCCUGCUAUAACAACCACGACCACGACCACAACCACCACAACUCUUACG